AUGCGCGCCGUCGAUACGGGAACGAAGGACGGAGCCGAUCACAAGCAAGCCGCAGCAGGCGAUACAGGUGACUUUGGCCAAAACGAUCAACCUGAAACAGCAAGCAAGCCCGGUUGGAGGUCCAAAGUGACCUAUCCGCUAUUCGCGGCGCCACUCGAUGGUACGUUCCGGCACCCCACCUUCAAGGGCCUGGUCACGACAAUGAAGAUCCCGGCGGAGCGGGCAAACAGAUACUGCAUGCUCCGUGCGUGCGCGGGACGAAUGGUAGAAUGCCGUUCUCCACCAAGCUAAUGUGACGGGAACACUACAUCCCUGUAUCGUCCAUACAUGCAUCCGAACCGUUUGCAGUGCGCUAACCUUGACGUUACAUUGGCACCCACGUUCGGCCCCGCUGACGUUGGUCAGCUUUGUUCCCCGCACCCAAACCCCCGGGCACACACUCUCUUUUCGUUCAAAAUCACAACAGAGCAAGAUGGAGGGCGAGGAAAAGCUUGGCUCGAGGCGCGCUCGUCUUGCUCGGCGCCUUCAUCCUCGUCCUCGAGCCCAAGUCGUUGACCCGUCUCGGCAACGCGGCUUUCUUCGGGUGUAUCUCCGCCAUCAUGAUUCCGGCGAACCUGCCCGUGAUGAUGAUCCUUCUGGUCGGCUUCCUGCUGGUGUUUGGCAUGUGCCUGGGGUGGGCGUGGUCCUGCGCAGCGAUGGCGGCGGCGGCUCGAACAAGGAGUCAAGCUUUGCUCGGUUCUGAGGUCAAGUCGUUCAGGGUAGCCAACGCUAACGCGCAAAACAUCGACGCGCUGUACCGAGUGGCCAUCUUUCAAGGUCAAUUUCUCGAUUGGCGGUCGACGCUCGUCAUUGGCGUCUUUUUCGUCAUUGGAUCGUUCGCACUGGGACUGAUGCGUGCUAAUGCGCCUAAACUGAUGGUGGCCUCCAUCUUUGGGACAAUCGUCAUGGACGUCAUGCUUAGCUAUGGCCCCUUGUUCCCUUCGUGCGUAUCUGCGCUUUGAAUCUUAUCUGGUCAUCAAGGGUCGCUUGUGAUUGAUCAUGUUUUGCGAACCCAUUUACGAACGCGCAGGGCGAAUUAUACCCUCGCGUACAACUUCUUGCUCCCAACAGGCUGCUUCCUCGGAAUCGCGGCGGCUGGAUCGGUCCUCAUCUUUCCAGAAUCGAUCAACAGUACCUGGACCACCAGUUUGGUGGACACCUGCCUCACGCCUGUGUACGAGCGAAUCGCGCUGUUCUCCAAGCUCUUACGGACCCCACCACCCUCGAGCACGUCCACGGCCUGGAUCGACCAACAUGACGCGUGGAACAACAACGCGAUGGCGAUCGCGAGCGGCGUGAACGCUCUUCUGGGAGGGAUGGGUACGAUGGAAUUAGAAGCGUCGGUCGGCCGCAUGAGUGCGAAGGACUAUUACAGUCUGAAGCCUCUGCUCGAAGAGCUAGCAAGUCGGUCGCUCGGACUUGGGUCGUUGUACCGAGGGCUCGAGUCGCAAGCGCUACGUACGCUUCGGGAUACCAAAGGCAUCAUCGAUUUGCAGGCCAAGCUGCAACACCCCAUCGGGAGAGAGGCGCCUCAUCUGAACCAAUUGCGCAGCAACAUCUCCGCUGCCGAGGACAAGCAUGCCCAUUCGAUUGCGACCCUGCUGCCCCGGUUUGCCAACGCCGUGGACCCGUUGUUGAUCGCUAUGGACGAAGCCCUCUUGGGUGCCAUGACCUGGCUUUCCGUGGCCAACACCUCGAGGUGGAAGCGGUUCAGGUCAGAUCAAGUCGCGGCCGACUAUGAAGCGCAACGAGAACGUGUCGCUGCUCUGGAGCGCGCCAUGGAGGAAUACCGCACCACCCGCCGACUCGAGAUCUUUGCCCCCUUCCAGAAAUUCUUCGACCUCGAGACAGGAAGACCGCGAUCCGAGCUCAAGUUCUCUCCCAUCUCGCUGAUGCAAGUCCUUUCGGCUUCGGACGCGCUUGUGGGCUAUGCGACCACCAUCCUCAAUCUCGUUGCGCGACUCAGCGAACUCGAGAACAAACGCCGCGUCAACAAGCUGUGGAUGCCCACCGGGCUGCGGAAGAUUGGGAAGCUCGCCUUCAGCCGACAUCGAUCGCAGAUCGAUGGUGUGACGGGGGAUGGCGACGAUCCCGACCAGGUUGUUAUUCCCUUCUCUGAUUCGACAUCGACCCUCGUUGAUGGGGCAGAGAAAGAGGAGGAAGAGCUGCACUUCUUCUUGCGGCAACGGAACGAGGAGAAGAAGGACCCCGAUGUGCGCGCUCCCCGCAACGCGGCCCAACGUUUCGGCGGCAAGCUGUACGGCAUUGGUCGAUGGUGCAAGACGACAGAGACGAUCUUUGCAAUCAAGUACGCGGCCAUCGGUUUGGCGUUGUGGCUGCCCCAGGUCUUCAAGACCUCGGCCUACUUCACCUACGUGAAUAAGGGUUUAUGGGCGCUCAUCACUGCACAGACCUUCCUUUCCCUUUACGCGGGAGAUCAGAUCAUGGCUACGAUUCAAAAAAUUGCCGGAACCGUGGUAGGCCUACUUUACGGUAUGAUGAUCUGGUACGUUGGGAACGGGCGAGGCAGCAAUAGGAUCGGAACCGCUGCGUCGCUAUUCGUAUUCAUGCUCCCUCUAUUGGCGCUGCGCAAUCACGCACCGCCGGCGCAACAGCAGAUGGCCAUCCUCACCGCCGUCACUACUGUGCUCAUCGUCGGCUACAGCUGGGUCAAUGGCCACCUCGCGACUCUCGGUGGAACUAUCGGCGCUCAGCUCGCGUGGCGUCGAGCACUGCUCGUCAUCAUCGGUUCGGUGGCCUCGAUGAUCAUCAUGCUCUUCCCCGGCCACCAGUCGUCAAGGCUGCUUGUACGCAAAACGCAUGCAACCUGCAUCGGCGAGAUCGGCCGCAUCUACAUGGCCUUGCUUUCGCACUGGAUCGCCGAGGAUCGUCACGACGCGCAGAAGCACUCGUCCGAGGAGUUGGUCCAACCUAGGCCCGAGGCGACUUCACUCGAGUUCGAUGCCUUUACUCCUGCCGUACAGAAAGAGGCCCGUGAGAUCCUGCUAGCGACUUGGGCCAAGUUGAUAGGAACGACGCAACACAUCAAAGAGUCAAGAUACGAACUUUCCCUGCGCGGUGAUUGGCCCGCAGCCGAGUACAAGUCCUUGCUGCGGGCUCAAGUUAUCAUGAUGCAGUGAGUCUAAUCCGUGCAGAAGAGCAGUAUAGCAUGGACUGAUUGCUGUCGGACCAUGCUGUUGCCUAUCCAGAGCUCUUGGGUCGUUAGGACUGGGUUUGGUCCGACUCGAACCAGCUUGGCGAAAGAUGUUGAUCAGGUCCACGGCUUUCCUGCACCCCAACCUUAUCUCCGAUGUUUCAUCGACCUUUGCAUUGGUCAGUUGGCCUGAUACCAGAGGCCAGCCGCUCACCAUUUACGACACAGCCUGACCAAACCUCCCACUAUCUCCCUGUCAGCUCUCUCUCGCGCUUCGGGAGGGUGCGCCGCUUCCUCAAGCGACACCGGGCCCUCUCCUUGAUCGACUGUUGUAUCACGACAAGAAGUUCAAGACCGGGAGGAGUGAAGCGUCGGAUCAAGUACUCCACACCGCGGACGGCGCACGAUUGGGCGAAUUUGAGUUGACUUGGACAAUUCUUCGCGUAAGUGCUCGAUCUUCAACGCUCGACCACUUCGGGAACGUGUAACCGUGCAGACUGACCGAGAUGCGCUGACUCAAUCGAACUUAAACAGGAUGAACGUUUUGGGACAUAUGCGUCCACAAUCGUUGCUCUUGGAUCGCUGCUGUUGACCCUUGAUGAUGCCGAGACGGCGGUCAAGGCUCUCGUGGGCGAGGUCUACAUGCCAGGUUACGACUAUCUCGUGGAGAGGGCCAGGCAAGAGUUGUAA